CUGAAUAAUUGGCGCGCCAAAUUAAUAAUCUAAUCGUAAAAGAUCACAAAUUAACGGAAACAGUUUAAACAAAAAAACUCACAAAGAACGGUUGAUUGAUCCGCUAGAUGAUGGCCUCAACAAGUGAAGAAACAAACGCUGUAAAAAAUCCAGAAACCUCAACUUUUCAAGAGUCCGAGGAGAUUGACUUCGGGAGUGAACCGUUUCCGGAGAUACCGGAAACGGUAGCAGAAGUGCUGUUAGAAACCAAACUAGCUACCGUCGAAAAGGAAGCCGAACCGAUCGAAGAGGAACAGGAAGAUGACGAUCAAUUGUUGCUGGAGGAAGCUGUGUUGAAUGAGGAUGACCAAGAGCAGGACACUCCCUCAGCAGAAACCGACAAACCGUCGACUUCUAGAAAAGAACCAGCCGAGCCCAGAUUGGUCCAGUUUCCCAUAAGUAGGGUGAAACAGAUCAUGAGAAUGGAUCCGAAUGUGAACAUCGUAUCAGCCGAAGCUCUGUUUCUGAUGACCCGGGCGGCAGAAUUGUUUCUGCAGACGAUGUCCAAAGAAGCGUUCACCCACACGACCACCAGCAAGAAGAAAACGAUCGCCAAACGAGACGUCGAUCUGGCCAUCGAUUCGGUGGACACUCUAGCUUUUUUGGAAGGGAUGAUGAAUGUGUAGUAGCUCGGUGGGAUUUGGUGGGAAUGUAAGUAUGGAUAUAAAUUAUUAUA